GGCCCACUAGUGUAAUUCUUCUCUACCUUGCAUUCUAGUUUCUACUAUGUCUGGCCACAAUGGAGUGCACUGCUGCCUGUUGUGGCUGCAAUUGAUACUUCAAAAUUCAUGUACCAGAUAAAGAACAUUUAGUUUAAGUUAUGCAUCAUCCAAACUGAUACUUCAAAUAGUGAUAAAUGUACAGAAUGCGUUGUGAUGAGAUAUAAUCUACUCGAAAUUCAUAGUGUAUCGGAGACAUAUAAAAUGUUCGAUCGAAUUUUCGACAUAAGUUUGAGACGUGGGAGGAGGAGGUAUCCAAUGACUUCCAUCCAAAAGCUAGCCAAAACGGUCCAGAGCCUCAUAUCCUCUUCGUUAAUUGGCAGAGGAAGGGGCAAGCAAGAAGCAGUGGUUGACACAGCUAGCUUUCGCUUUCAUUAUCCAAUGGCCCUCCUUCUUGCUGGUUGUGGUGUGGUGGAUCGACUCAUUCACUCCAUCAUCCAUCCACAUUACCUUCCCCAUUUUUAUAAUGAUGAAGAGAGGAAGGCUGUGCAACUUGCAAGUAGUAGCAGAGAGCAUUAUAAAUCGAGAGAAGCAAAGGGUCCAUUGAACCCACAAUGUCGACCGCUUCCCUCAACGGCGCCUGCUCACUUAUACUCUCCUCCCCCAAAACCACCACCACCACUUCUUCCCCGCGAAGACUCGUCGUCGCUAAGCUCAACAACACUCCACCUCCCUCUUUCUCUUCUUCUUCCUCCUCAAAUCCCAUCAACACACCUCCUAGGCUCAUCAGGAACCAGCCUGUUUUCGCCGCCCCUGCCCCUCUUCUCAAUCCUUCCUGGGUACGGAUUACUAGUUGGCUUAUUCUCCCCCUUCAUUUCACAUUUAGCUCUCCACAUGGCAUUCUGAGUUUGGUGCAUACUUGUGUUCUGUUUCUGGUUCAACUGUAAUACUUAAUGCAUGGAUGGAGAUGAUAACAAAUGUGCAAUUUCAAGUGGAGGAGAAGAGGAAGAGGAGUAUUCAUCAAAUGUACCUUUCAUCAUGCAACGUAUUUGACUGGCUGAUAGGCAGCCCACGUGAAUCCAUUUCCCCCUCAGCAAAGUGAGGAAGACAUGUCGAAGGACUACCAGGAAGCCAUCAAGGGUCUUGAGAAGCUCCUCAGUGAGAAAGGAGAGCUGAAGGCGGUGGCAGCAGCCAAAGUGGAUCAGAUCAAAGCUGAGCUCUCCACUGCUUCCUCUGGCACCAAGCCAUUCGAUGCUGUUGAGAGGAUCAAAGAGGGCUUCAUUACCUUCAAGAAGGAGAAAUACGAGACGAAACCUGCACUGUACGGCGAGCUUGCCAAAGGGCAGAGCCCCAAGCAGUACAUGGUGUUUGCCUGCUCGGAUUCGAGGGUUUGCCCAUCCCACGUUCUGGAUAUGCAGCCUGGAGAGGCUUUCGUGGUCCGCAAUGUUGCAAACAUGGUUCCUCAGUUCGACCAGGUGAAAUAUGCCGGGGUUGGAGCUGCGGUAGAGUACGCAGUGCUGCAUCUCAAGGUGGAGAACAUAGUGGUGAUUGGGCACAGUGCUUGUGGUGGAAUCAAGGGUCUCAUGUCUUUCCCAUUCGAUGGCACUACUUCCACGAAAUGGAUGUGCAGUGAUUUCAUAGAAGACUGGGUAUCAAUUGGGAUCCCUGCCAAGAAGAAGGUGUUGUCUGACAACGGCAGUGCUGCUUUUGGUGACCAAUGCACCACCUGUGAGAAGGAGGCCGUGAACGUGUCGCUGGCGAAUCUGCUGACAUAUCCAUUUGUGAGAGACGGGCUUUCGAAGAAGACACUGAAGUUGUAUGGAGGAUACUAUGACUUUGUCAAUGGAGGGUUUGAGCUGUGGAGCCUUGAGUACGGCCUUUCUCCACCGAUUUCAGUAAAAGAUGUGGCCACCAUUCUCCACUGGAAGCUCUACUAGGGACUUUGGAUGAAAUUCCAUGGUUGACAUAUGGGCUCUUUUAUUAGAUUUUCUGGCCUUCAAUUUGUUACUUUCAAGAGUUGAAGAGAGUGAGGUGGUUUCCUUACUCGACAGAAUAAUUAUAACCUACAAAUAUCUUCAUACAUUGUUCGAUAUUUGUAAAAUCGUUUGUUGGGACCCAAUUUUCAAUUCAUACAAAAAAUUCACUAAGAACUA